AUGCUGCGCAAAAAGCUUCCACAGCAUUUGGAAGCUUUUGAUGCAUUUCCAAAAGUAGUCAAUGAGUAUCGAAAACCAGGAUCUUCGCGUGGAGGCGUCUUUUCGUUGGCUGUCGGGUUUUUCGUUCUCUGGCUCUUCCUUCUCGAGUGUUAUUUUUACCAAAAAGGCGUUCGUGAACAAAAAAUCAUGGUCUCGGACAAAGUGUCCGAGUUGAUGGAUCUCAAUCUCGAUAUCACCCUCGCAAUGCCUUGUACCCAUGUUCGCGUCGACGCGGCCGACAAAACCAACGACAUCGUUUUUGCUACCAACAUGCUGACUCUCGAGGAAACGGAUCUCAGUGACAUGAGACAUUCAUCCACCAAGUACCGCCCUGGAAGAAAAUCUGAAUACCGUUGGGUGAGAUCCGGCAAGUUCCGUCAGAAGAAAAAGCCCGUUACUGGCGCUGGGAGUGCAUGCAGAAUUUAUGGAAAAAUAACCGUCAAUCGUGUCCAUGGCCAAUUGCAAAUUACCACUCCCGGUUGGGGCUACGGCCUUUCUGACAUCCCCUUUCAUGCCCUCAACUUUACCCAUCACAUUGAAGAAUUGUCUUUUGGAGACUAUUAUCCUGCUAUCGUUAAUGCUCUGGACGGCCAUUACGGGUUUACAGAUAAAGAAGCCUUUGCUUUUCAGUAUUAUUUGUCGAUCUUGCCUACAAGCUACAAGUCCUCCUUUCGCUCUCUUGAAACAAAUCAAUAUUCUCUAACCGAAAACUCCGUACCGAGACAGCUCGGCUUCCGUUCCAGUCCACCUGGCAUAUUCAUUGAAUACGAUAUCGAACCUCUCGGCGUUCAAAUCGUCGAUAAAUAUCCCAGCAUAGUGAAAUGUUUUUUACGCGUUUUGUCCAUUUCCGGCGGUCUUUACGUCCUAAUGAACUGGUUAGAAAAAAUUUACAGCACUCGGCCGGCUGCAAAGGCUGAGGACAAUAUGCUUGGACUCCUUGGCAAAGAGAUCAAAUCGUGA